CACAGCAAUCUCUAACUCCUGGGCUUACGCGAUUCUCUUUCCUCAGCCUCCCGAGCGGCUGGGACUACAGGCGCCCACCACAACGCCCGGCUAUUUUUUUGUUGCAGUUUGGCCAGGGCUGGGUUUGAACCCGCCACCCUCAGCAUAUGGGGCCGGCGCCCUACUCACUGAGCCACAGGCGCCGCCCGGCUUUUACUUCUUAUAAGUUUCCAAGGAAGGGAAGCUGUCUAAGGUACAGGGGUACCCUAGGCUCUUCCAGGCAUAACCUCAGCACUGCUCCCAGCUGCCUGGCUCCUGCUGAGCAUGCAGAAGGAAGCCCUGCCCUCCACACAGCCUCAGAGGCCUCACCUCAGCAGAGAGCAGUUGUGCAGCCGAGCUCCCUCCUAAAAAUACACAACAGAGCUCCUGGAGGGCAGGGCCUGUGAAUCUUUUAUGAUCUUGCCAGCAGUGUGGAGGAUUGAGGAGUACUAUGUUUUAAUAAUCAAAAGAAUAAUAAACAACAGCUCAAUAGGCUAAGGCUGUGGUGUGGAGCAGCAGUGCCCCAGCAGAUCCCUGAGCUGCCACCCCAUGCCCUGAUAAUGUCUGCAGUGGGAUUAAAUCACUUCCUCCCUCAGUGCCACUGAAGCUGUGUGAUAAUCAUGUGGUACCCACAACUUCUUUUUGUGUGUGUGUGUGUAUUAAACAUUUUAUUUGAAGAUUUUAAAGUAAAAAAAAAAGAAGCUACACAAAUAAAAAUUACAUUAUAAUGGCCAAAGAGUAUUCCACGUGACAAAAAAAAACCAAAACAAGUUUAUAAAGUAAACAUACCGAUGUAGUAUUUAAUAUCCAGUCCAGGGGUACCCACAACUUCUUAGAGAGGCAUGAACCCCACCUGACUUGGCAAAGAAAUGAGCCAGGCCAGGGGUUGUGAGAUGUGGUGGCCUAUCCAUAGCUGGCCGAGCUGUUGAGCCCUGUUCUGUGGCACGCUACACUGCUGCCCUCAUCGAACAAGGCAGGAGGAAGAUUUGGUGGUCAGUGACCCAGGGAAUAAGAAAGGAGUGGCUGAGGUUGAGAUGCCAAGCCCUGGCCAACUGGUUUGGAGUGAGGGGUGUAGAGAAACAGGAAGUGUUACUCAGCCUGGAUUCCCCCUGCUCCUCCUGACAGCCCCACCCCUCUCCCCACUGCUUCCCUCACAGCUAGGCCCACCUGCUAAGCUUGGCCCAGAGCAGGGAUGACAAUUCAUGGCAUCCUCACAUGGCCCACCCUUUCAUGGAAGGGGAACCCCAAAGGAGGAUCAGUGUACAGCAAAAUAGGAGGAAGGCCUUAGCCCUCUAUUAUGUUCUUCCUGCCAGGACGCCAUCUGGGUAAAAUGAGGGAGGACAAGGAACUGAACAACCAGACUAGAUGGCAGGCCAAGGGGACAUGAAGACACUUGGAGUCGCCUAGGCCUGCCCCCAGCCCUACCCUGAGAGGAGCCAAGCCCUUUACAAGUAUGGGACUGCUCCCCCCGACUCCUGUAGGCUCUGCUAAUGAGGGCCCGGCACCAGGGCCCAGGGCUGAGUCACCUGCACCAGUGGCAGGUCUCUUCCCUCCCUUACAUUGGUUCCACACACCUGCCUUUCAAUUAAUUUCUACCCCCCUGAGCUCCUCCCACCCAGACACACUGUGGGCCGCAGAGCCAGACCUGCCCAGCCCAAGGCACUGGGGUUGUAAUAAGAAAGGAAGCAGUGUGGUGACACAUAAAGCAGUGCUGCCCCCAGAUGAGUCCCCAGAGGAAUGUUAAGCUCCUCAUUGCCCUGGGGUGUUGGUCACAGCUGCCUCAAUUCCUGCAUGCGGAUGCUGCAAUUACCUAAGAGCAUGAAACCAGGCUUCCCACCUGACUGAGUCAGCUGAAAACACAAACACAUCUCCACGGCCACAAACAGCCAAGCCACUAAUCAGAGUCCGGAGCUGCUGCCACAGAGGACACAGCCCCACACUGCCCUAGAGACGGCACACGGGCCGGGCCUGUCUGCCUCCUGCCUGACCCAAGAAGACCCAUCUCUGCGGCCAGCAGGGCUGUUUGUCACUCCAGCUCCAGGACCAAAAGUUCACUGGCUGCUCUUGAACGCCUGUCCGCUGGCUGUCCUGGGCCUUAUGGAGACCUGGCGGAAAGGCUCCUUCCGCAAUGCCUCCUUCUUCAAGCGGCUGAGCCUGGGACGUCCACAGCGACUCCGGCGACAGGGCAGUGUAGUUAGCCAGGCCAGCACAGCUGGUGGUGACCAUGAGGAGUACAGCAACCGAGAGGUCAUCCGAGAGCUGCGAGGGAGGCCAGAUGGCCGGCGCCUGCCACUAUGGGGGGACGAGCAGCCCCGGGCCACCCUGCUGGCCCCACCCAAGCCCCCACGCCUUUACCGAGAGAGCUCCAGCUGCCCCAACAUCCUGGAGCCCCCACCCACCUACUCUGCUGCCUACUCAGCCACCCUGCCAUCAGCACUCUCUCUGGCAGAUGCCCUACACCAGUACUCAGAGGAAGACCUUUUGGACACUCCCCACUUCCAGAGGACACCUGCUCCAGACCUCCAUGAUCCCUUCUUCUCCUUCAAAGUGGACCUGGGGAUUUCACUUCUUGAGGAAGUCCUACAGAUGCUGAGGGAACAAUUUCCCAGUGAACUCAGCUUCUGAAUGGGGUGAGGAUAGGCAGAGCUGGGGUGACUGAAAGAGCCAGAUCCUGAGACCCAGGAAAGGAGGAGACAAUCAUGGAUUAAAGAAUGGGCAACAAUAGGAAUCCAGGGCUCUGGCUACCCUCUACGUCCUGAACAGUUCUCCAAGUUACCCCAGAGUGGAGGGACAGAAGCAAGCUGGAAAUGGUGGGGAUGGGGGGCGGGUAUCUUGUGGCAAGAGCCCUGAAGGAAGCUGGCUAGGCCUGGAAAGGGAGGCCACGCCCUGUAACCACAGAAACCAGGCAGAGGCCAGCAGAGCCAGAGAGCAGCAUGGGUGAGUAAGGAAGUGGGAAGACCCAGACAGCAGAACAGAUGGGUGCCCUGCACCAACUCCCUUGGAAGCCACUGUCAACAGAGCUCACAGGACAAGCCUGGGCAAAAGUGGUACAACCUAGGCCAAUGAGGAAAGUAGGUAGACCUGAGAGGAGAAGGGAGAUAGGCUUUACCCUGUCCAACCUGGUGGCCACUUGCUACAUGAGGCUAUUUAAAUUGAAACUGAAAUUAAACACUAACUUCUUCAGUUUCAAAUGUGCAGGGGCCCCACAUAACUAAUGGCUGCCACACUGGAUGAUACAGAAUAGACAUUACCAUCACUGACAAAGAUCUACUGGAUAGUGCUGGCUAGACCACAGCUUGGAGCCAGGGAAGCUGGCAGGGAAGGAGGAGGCAUUCAGGGGCUGGGAGGGAAGGGAGAAGCGAGUAGAGUAGUAAGAGAGGUAGGUAGAGAUACAGAGUGUAAGUUAGGAAAAAGGCCAAAUAAACCAUUAGCAGAAGAGGAGCCAGGCCACGGGAAACUCAACCUCCCAACACAGGUGCCUGGAGCAAUCCCUGGUGCCAGAGGAAGGCAGCUCUAGGGAAUACCAGCCGAAGGCACAGACAUAGCUUGCAAAAGGGUGUUUUAAGAAUUAUCAGAAUUAUCAGGGAGCCCUUAGGAAAUGCAGCAAAACAGUGGCACAUUUCCUUUCUAGAAGGGAGGACUGGAUAGAUGAUGCUCAUCAAGUGGUGGAAAGGCACAGCUGGUCUCCAGAGACUUCCACCAGCACUGGGGAGCUCUGCCUUGCCUGAACCCCCUGAGAAGGGGCCUUCCAACCAAGCCAAGCCCACCCCAUGGCCUGGCCAGAAGACUUAAAGCAAGAGCUCUAGCGGAAUGUAGUGGGCUCACAUAGUACUAGUCCUGAGGCCUCUCCAAGAACAGCAGAGGGGGACAGGGAAGCUUUGAUACCCACCACCUCCCAACCAAAAACAGUGGCCUCCCCUUUCUUCCUCUUGUUAGAGGUCUAAGCUUAAAGGUUCCUUCCUCUGUGGAUAUAGGAGAGAAUGAAUAAAAUUCUUUCUGACAACCUGUGGACUGUGAGUGCUAGGAAUUAAAUGUGGGGCAGGAGUUGAGGUCUCCAAAGCAAGAUCCUGAGUGUGUGCUCCUCCCUGUUCAGGGUCUGGAAGGAGGCAGGUGAAGGGGCAGGGGGAAUAAGGUGGCAUGGCUGAGGGUAAUGAGGACUCCCUCCUGCCUAGCAACUGGCCAAGGAAAUUGCAGACAGGCCCCAGACCACUGCAGCAAAGGGAAGCAAUCUGUCUCACAAAGGUGAGUGCAGGUGUGUCCAGGAACCCUAUAGCAACAGCCUCCACAUCCAGGCCAGAAAACACCAGGGCCAGGGUGGGAGGAUGGGGGGCUGAGCAUAAGCAUCCAUGAAGCCGCAAAGACAAACAGCUGGCACAGGGCCUAGCACCAGCUGGAAGGUCUACACUUCACCAGAAGUAGGCAGCACUCCAGGGUCAUCAGGGUAGCAGUAUUAUUUCUUUUCUUUUCUUUUUUGCAACAGUGUCUUACUAUGUUGCCCUUGGUAGAGUGCAGUGGCAUCACAAUUUACAGCAACCUCAAACUCUUGGGCUUAAGCAAUUCUCUUACCAGCCUCCCAAAUAGCUGGGAUUACAGGUGCCCACCACAACACUCAGCUUUUUUUUUGUUAUUGUUGUUAUUGCAGUUGUCAUUGUUGUUUAGCAGGCCUGGGCUGGGUUUGAACCUGUCAGGCCUGGUGUAUGUGGCCGGUGCUCUAACCAGGCUAUGGGCACCGAGCCAACAGUAGUACACUGUUUCCCCGAAAAUAAGACUGUCUUAUUUUAAGGUGUGCUCCCAAAGAUGCGCUAGAUCUUAUUUUCAGGGGAUGUCUUAUCUUUCCUAUAAGUAGGUCUUAUUUUCGGAGGAUGUCU